GUGGGUAUUGGAGUCGUUCUGGCAGAGAGACGCCAACCGUCGGAAAAAGGAGGAAGUGACACCAAUUAACGACAGACAUUCCUGGACUUGAUGGCCAAAUGAAUCCCUCAGAUAUUCGUCGACUCUCCCGGUCCUUCUUCACCCUGCUGACAGCUGCUUGCCAGAGUCCAGAUGAAUGGCAAAGAGGAACCAGAGUGUGUCGGUCACAGGCUAAAAUCCCUCACACGGUGUCCCUCACACUGCGACAGCACUGCUCCCUCCAGGAUCCGAUGAUUACAGGGCAGCUGAGCAAGCCGCUGCUCUCCCUGCGCAGCGACAUGAGCGCGGCAGAACUCCGGGCGGACGACAAAGCGGCCACCCCAGACAGCGAUCUGAACGACGAGCCCCUGCUCCUGCCCUCCGAUGCCACGGACCGAGAGGGCACCCCCAACAAACUGUACGGAGCUCGUGACGGUUCGGUCCAGUCUGACACCAGCAGCAGUCCUUCUGAGCAGAGUCACCUGGGCCAGUCCCACCCGGGAUUCACAAUGAGUCAACAGUCUCUCCUGGUGGCCCAGCAGCUGGCCAACGCAGUGGGCGGCGUGAUGUCGGGGGCGGCGUCAGGCAUGAACCAGCCCAUCCUCAUCCCCUUCAACGCAGGCGGACACCUGGGCGGCCAGCAGGGCCUCGUCCUCUCGCUGCCCACAGCCAACAUCCAGAGCCUGGUCGCUGCUGCUGCUGCAGGGGGCAUCAUGACGCUGCCUCUCCAGAACCUGCAAGCUACCUCAUCACUGAGCUCCCAGCUCCAACACCUGCAGCAACUCCAGCAGAUGCAGCACCACCACCACCAGCAGCAGCAGCAGCAGCAGCAACAGCAGCAGCAUCAGCAGCAGCAACAGCAGCAACACCAUCACCAACAGACCCUCGCCCACACCCAGAACCAGCUGUCAUCCCAGCAUCGCAUGACCCCGCCCAGCCAGCAGCAGACCUCCGUCCCGUCCCCGGGCUCGACCUGCUCCUCCACCUCCGGACAGCCGCAGCACUCCCCGCCGCACCGGCCCAACCAGUCGCCGGCCCGCAGCCUUCCUUCGCCCGUCACCCCGCCCAUGCCUCUGCCGCUGAAUCCAUUGGCCAGCCAGGCGGCGGUAGCAGCGGCAGCCGCCAUGGGGUCCAUCGCCGGUUCUCAGGUGUUCGGCAACACCUUGUCAAACCUGCAGGGAGCCACCGGACAGCUGGUCACCAACGCACAAGGACAGAUAAUUGGAACAAUCCCACUGAUGCCCAACUCUGCAGGGCCCUCCAGCCAAUCAGGGGGUGGCAACCCAGCACUGCAGGUACAGCCAAUUACACCUCAGCUUCUGACCAACGCUCAAGGCCAGAUCAUCGCCACGGUGAUCGGCAAUCAGAUCCUACCCGUCAUCAACACCCAGGGAAUCACGCUGUCACCAAUCAAGCCUGGACAGCAGCUGCCUCAGGCUCAGCAGGGUCAGACAGGCCCUGCAUCGUCUCAGCCCAACCUGCUCCACAUGCCGCACAGACAGAGUCCUCUCCACCAGGCCUCUUCCUCCUCCUCCACCUCCUCCUCUUCCUCGGCUCUCAGCGUGGGCCAGCUGGUCAGCAACCCGCAGACCGCCCCCAGCGAGGUGGACGGGGUCAACCUCGAGGAGAUUCGUGAAUUCGCCAAAGCAUUCAAGAUCCGCCGGCUGUCUCUGGGUCUGACUCAGACUCAGGUGGGCCAGGCGCUCAGCGCCGCCGAGGGGCCGGCGUACAGCCAGUCCGCCAUCUGCAGACACACCAUCCUGAGAAGCCACUUUUUCCUACCACAGGAAGCCCAAGAGAACACGAUAGGUAGCAGUCUGACAGGCAAACUGAACCCUGGCCUUUUAUAUCCUGCCAGGUUUGAGAAGUUGGACAUCACCCCUAAAAGCGCCCAGAAGAUUAAGCCCGUUCUGGAGCGCUGGAUGGCCGAGGCUGAAGCCCGCCACCGAUCCGGCAUGCAGAACCUGACUGAGUUUAUCGGCAGCGAGCCUUCCAAAAAACGCAAGCGGAGGACCUCUUUCACCCCGCAGGCGCUCGAGAUCCUCAACAGCCACUUUGAGAAGAACACACACCCCUCCGGACAGGAAAUGACGGAAAUAGCCGAGAAGCUGAACUAUGACCGUGAGGUGGUGCGCGUCUGGUUCUGCAACAAGAGGCAAGCCUUGAAAAACACAAUAAAGCGUUUGAAACAGCCCGACCUCGGCCCGGCUGCACCGAUGGACCCUCUCACCGAUUCUCUAGAGGAGCUCCCCAAAUGAACAGCGGAAUGAGUGGCGGAAGCGGUCAAAUAAAACAAACAACAACAACAACAACGACGGUGGACGAACUGAAAUGAGAAAUGGAUAGGGGGGGAAAAAAAAAAAAUGUUUCCAAGUCACCAGGAUGGACAGUCGUGAAGUUUGCAAACAAAAACUAUGUGUUGUCAGUGUGGUUACCACAGCUAUGUAAAUGACCUCGGCGAAACCAAAAAAAGAAAACGUGAAAAAAAGAGAUUAAUAUCUGAGAAUUGUGUAAAAACAUACGGUGUGUUUUAGAUCCUGGCCUCGCAGACCAGACUACCGCCCACAUUUUGGUUCCCGACGAGGAGGGAUUUAGUAAAGAGAUCAUACCAAAUCAAAACACUAUUUACCAAAGUCUGUUGCAUCUGAGUACUAAGAAUAAUUUUGUAAUGUAAAUGUGCUCUAAAUUUCUACAUUUGUACUGGCAAAUCUAAGCUAUAUGUGUGAGGUCGAGUAUACAUUUUAUCUUUGUCUCGCUUACUUUUUCCGUCAUUGUUUGUAUGUAAAUAUCUUUGAAAAAAAAAAAAAAAAAAAGUGCCGUCUUCACGCUGAUAAAGUUUCUCUUUUUGGAUGAAAAAAAACUAUAAAAAAAAAAAAAAAAACCUUGCUGUUG